AUGGCUCAGCAAACAUACCUCCCCGAUUCCAGGAUCAAAUGGACUAUUCAUGCCAAUUCAUCCCCCAUCUGGCCGUCCGACCCGGACACCUCCAUCAUCAGGGAAAUCGCGGCAUCGGCCCUAGGUAUGCCGGCUGACAGUCUCAGCGUGCGCUUCCUUGAUGACGGCGCCAAUCACAAGGUAUACGACAUCAGCCAGACAAAUAAUUCGCCCACCUCUGUUGCGUAUCUAUUUCGCGUCGCGGUACCAGUCGAUCCUGUAUACAAGAUGGAAAGCGAGAUGGCGACUCUAGAGUUUCUUCGCCAGAAGUCUACUAUUCCUGUGCCCAGGCCUAUUGCCUGGAACUCAUCUGCCACGAACCCAUUGGGCUAUGAGUGGGCACUUCUAGAAAAAGUCCCAGGAGUGGAACUUGAGGAUGUAUGGCUGAAGGUCCCAUGGGAGAAAAAGGUUGAUAUUGUUGAGAGCAUUGCUAGCUAUCUUGGUCAGAUUUGGAGCCUGGAUCUUCGAUUUUCAAAGAUCGGUUCACUCUACCGCACCACGUUUGUUGACCACGAGCGCUCCGACGACACGUCCCCACCAGCUACCCCUACUGAGCCUUCUUCAAUGUCCAUGUCAAGAGCCGAUGCUGCCUUCAAGGAAGGCUUCAAGAUAGGCCCUGUGGUAGACGGGAUUUUCUCCUCCCACCGUCGUCGCUAUCUCGAAAGUGAUCGAGGGCCUUACACUUCCUGCUCCAGCUGGCUUCGUGCCCUGAUCAGGAUCGAAAAGGAGUAUAUCAGAACAGGCAAACUCCUCAUCGAAGAACAGCAGACUAUGGAGAAACAAGAGGAUGCGGAUGAUCUUGCCAAUGAGAUAGGCCUUUAUACAGACGAUAAUCCCGAUGCUAUGUUGGACACCUGCGAUGGCUAUAUGCGGGCUCUGCCACUGGUAUUUCCGCCACCAGAUCCGAGCAGGCUGGGCGAGGCUCGCUUUGUUCUGCAACAUCGUGAUUUGAGAGCAGCGAAUAUAAUUGUCGACCCGGAAACAUUCAACAUCACAGGAAUCAUCGACUGGGAGAAUACCUGCUCCGUUCCCGAAUGGGAAGGCUUGAAUUAUCCCCUGCUGAUCAACGAGAUGGAUCCAUUUACGCCCAGGCCCUCGGAGUCGGACGUGGCCGCGCUCAAGGAGGAGGGGAACAUGCCCGAGGACCGACUCCACAUUCUUCGAUUCCAAUGGAGUUUGUGGGAGAAACAAGACCUGCGCGAGGUAUUUGACCGCAAGCUGGAACAGCUGGGCUUCAGCAAAGACUGGCGUCCCAACUCACCCGAAGAUGAUUUAAAAUCCGACUUUAUCGGAGGUGUUAGCGACCUGAGUGACUCCUGGGAAAGUUCCGCGGACGGUCUGCGGGAAAUUAAGGCGAGAGCCCAACUUAGCCCGAAUGCAUCACCGCCUUCUAAAUUAUGA